CCGGGAGCAGCCGGGAUGGGGGCGAGGGGCUGCCUGGGGCCGCUGCUGCUGCUGCUACUGCCGCCCCUCCUUCAUGGUGAACACCGGGGCGGUGGGUCCGGCGUGGCCAGCGCGGGCUCGGAGUCACUGGCCGGGACGGUGACAGGUGCUGCUGAGGACGGGACCUUCCUCCAGCCAUCGAUCAUCGGGGGACACGCGGCCGAAUCCCACUCCCGGCCCUACAUGGUGUCCCUCCGGUUCCAGGAGGUUCACGCCUGCGGGGCAGCGCUGGUGCACCGGCGCUGGGCGCUGUCGGCCGCGCACUGCGUGGAUGGGAGGCCGUGGCAGGAAGGGAUGCUGCUGGUGGGGCUGCACAAAUGGCGGGAUCCCGAGCCGGGCGCGCAGAGAUUCGGCAUCCGGGCUGCCUGUCCCCACCCCGGCUACGACAACAACACGUUGGAGAACGACCUGCUGCUGCUCCAGCUGGACAGGAAGGUGGCACUGAGCAGGACACGGCGGCUGAUCUCGCUGCCGAGGAAGGAGCCGGCGGCGGGGGCGCGAUGCAGCCUGGCGGGAUGGGGGGACCCCAAGCGCGGGAGGCUGUCGCCCACCCUGCAGGAGAUGGAGGUGACGGUGAUGGACACGCGGAUGUGCAACAACAGCCGCUUCUGGAGAGGUAAAAUCGGCCCCGCCAUGAUCUGCUUCCAGGGGCUGCACCGCGGCUCGGCACCCGCCAAGGGUGACUCGGGGAGCCCCUUGGUGUGCGGGAAGCGGCCGGCGGUGGCCGGAGUGAUGUCCUUCGGUAGCCGGGACCCCACUGACCCUUUCAAGCCGCCGGUGGCCACCUCGACCGUGAAGUACAAGAAAUGGAUCCAGAAAACGCUGAGGAAGGGCUGCGGCUCCGGCCAGCCCGAACACACGGGACGGACCAAACACCCCUUCCUAUUUACACAGAGCAGCCCCCAGCCUGGUGACAGCCCCCUGGAAUGAGCUCAUCGUGACCUCGGCCACCCCCACGAGCCCUGCCUGGCUCCUCCUGCACCAUUUCCACCUGCGACCACCUCUGACCAGCAAUCGGGACCCUCCAGCAGCACAAACGGGGUCCUGGUCCCCAUCUCCCCCUGCAAAGCCUCUCCCCUGCGUUCCUUCCCCUGUUAAUAAAUGAUCUGCCAUCGUUGGCAGAGCCAGAGUUGAUGCCAGACAAGCAGGAGCAUGUUGGGUUUUCCUGGUACCAGGUGUGCUGUGCCAGCUCCUCGGCGUGUGGGAUCAGCUCUGCCUCAACCCCCGGGUGAGCAGGCCGGGGGCACACGGGGACACGGCCCCGCCUCAGCUUGGAUGUCCAUCAGCGGGAGGAGAUGGUCCAUGAGAACCGCCCCAGCUCGGGGUGUCAGACCCAGAACGUUCCCAGCUCUGCCCAGUCCUUGCCGCUGGGAAUUGUGAUGCUCCAGCACAGCGAGACCCCAGCCGGGGCCAGCAGCGGGUUGGGGUGACUCAGCGAUCCCCAGCUGUCCCACAUCCCCAUGUGUGUCCCAAAACCAGUUCUGACCAGCUCCCGUGGGGCUGGGGGUGCCACAGGACCCUCACCGGGGCUUCAUCAAGCUUGGAUUUUCUCCACCGCCUUGUCGGCCACCGCCGUC